AUGGCCGCGCCAGAGCACCCAACGUCGAUCCGGGAAUCGCUCGAGUCCACCAAAGUCGAGUAUCGAAGGUUAGGCAAAAGCGGGCUUAAAGUUUCAGUCCCCAUCCUUGGGGCUAUGAGUUUCGGAUCCUCCAAAUGGAUGCCAUGGGUGAUUGACGAAGACAAAUGGGACACGGCAAACGUGUACUCGAAUGGCGAUUCGGAAAGGAUCAUCGCCAAAGCCAUCAAGAAUUACCGUAUUCCCCGCGAAAAUCUUGUAAUCAUGACCAAAUGUUUUGGCAUCAUGAGCGAGAGAGAGAAUCUCAUGACAUUCGGUCUCGAAGACAAGCUUUCUCAAAGCAAAGAAUUUGUCAAUCAGCAUGGAUUAUCCCGUCAGGCUAUUUUCUCGGCGGUGAAUGCUUCGCUCAAAAGGCUGGAAACGGAUUACAUCGAUUUGCUCCAGAUCCACAGGUUCGACUAUGACACUCCGAUUGAAGAGACUAUGGAGGCGCUCCAUGACUUGGUGAAAUCAGGUAAAGUCCGAUACAUUGGUGCCAGCUCGAUGUUCGCGUACCAGUUCGCCAUGAUGCAAUUCUGCGCAGAAAAGAACGGAUGGACCAAAUUCGUCUCUAUGCAAAAUAAGUAUAACGUUAUGUACCGAGAGGAAGAACGGGAGAUGAACAGAUUCUGCAAGGAAACAGGAGUUGGCCUUAUUCCGUGGUCUCCGCUCGAACGAGGUUUCCUGGCUCGGCCCCCAUCGACUGAAGCGAACACGAAACGGGCCGAUGUGUAUUUGAAAGCGAACAAGCUUACCGAGCAGGAUUUGGAAAUCAUCGGAAGAGUGGAAGAAAUUGCUAAGAAGAAAGGGAGGAAGAUGGUGGAGGUUGCCAUUGCCUGGACACUUGGAAAGGUGACCAGUCCCAUUAUCGGGUUUAGCUCAAUUGAGCGUAUGGACGACGCAUUGACGGCCUCCCAAGUCAGCUUCACGGAGGAGGAAAUGAAAUAUUUGGAGGAGCCCUACAAGCCCAAACAGAUCGUUGGACAUUUCUAG